AGGUAAUGGGCUCUACCACUCUGGAGGCAUUCAAGAGACAGUUGGACAGCCAUCUAUAAGAGAUGCUUUAACCUGGAAUACUGCACUGAUCAGGGGGUUGGCCUCAGUAGCUUUAUAGGCCCCUUCCAGCUCUAAUUAUUCUAUGAUUCUAAAGCAAACAGCUGCACAAUUUUGGGGCUGCUACUGAAAAGGCCCUGCUCUAAAUGCUAACUGAAUGAAAAUUUCUAGCUGAAUAUUAUCCUGAGACAUAUUUUGGCUUCUGGGUCUGAUAUACAUACAUAUGCAUACACAUGGCCAGAGAAUAAAAUAUAUCAUUAGAUACAAGCAAUGCAUCCUUUAAGAAAUAGCUGCUUUCUACAGAUCCUUUCCCACUUGGUUAUUUCUAUUUUAAGGUGGGAGGAGGAAUGCUUAACAAGGUUGGUAACAUUAACAUUUUAAAGCAAAAAAGUUUAAGCAGUAACUUGCUGAUCCUUUCACAAGCAGCAUAAUACAAAUAUAAGUUUAAGUAUUAAUGGUGUACUAACAACAGUUGCAGCACAACCUUCUACACGUGUUCCACUGAGUUCAGUAUGGCUUUUUCCUCAGAUAAAUAUAUAUGGGAUUGUAACUUCAGUGUUUUAUUUUUCAUGAAAGCAAUUCAAAUUUAUAUAAUCAGAGAAACUGUCUCAGCUGCUCUGUUGCAGUUCAAUAAAUAAUGUGCUUGUAGGCAUGUGUUAAUAAGCUAUCCUUGGAUGUACUUGCUAUAAAAAGCUUAAAGUGAAAACUGACCUUCAGUUUAAGUUGGACACCCUGUGUUUACAGUUGCUGUCCGCUACAAGCUAGAAGCAAAGCAACAUUCUUCAUUCUUUCCUCCCUUUUUACUUCCCGAAGAUGACCAGAGAGGCUAUAUCUCUGUGUGCUCUGAACAAGACAUUAAACAGGUCACAAAUUGGGAAACAACAGGCAGAUAUGCUAUGUUGGGGAGAGGUUGUGGGAAAGUUAACUUCGAUUUGGAGUGGAAUGCCUUAAAUGUUAGCAGUUUAUUUAUAAUAUUGGUAUCUUUUUUGGCCGAACAAGUCUCCAUGGUGACUUUUAUGAAAAUACAUAAUAAGAUUAUUUUUUAAUGCAGUGGUGACUUAUAAAAGUUCUGGAGGACUGGUAAGGUCUUAGAGCUUGUUAAAUCUUUCUUUUAUUAGACAAUCUUUAAUUUCUGUAGAAAUUACACAUUGAAUUAAAUUAUUAACCAGUUGCAUUACAGUGUUUAGAAUGUUAUUCUUGUUUCUUUUUUACUUGGAAUAUAACAUUUUAAAAUCUAGCUGUACAGUUUAAGGUUAGGGCUAGGUUAGGGUUAUGCCAGUACUUUGGAGCUCUGAUCUUAAGCACAUGUACUUGGAUAUAACUUUCCAUGGACUGACCUUUGGGUGAAUGUGUUUUUAGGAUUAAUGUUCCUGUGUUCACAAUAUGCAUUUCUCACCUAUGUAGUCCUGCAAGGUUAGGUGAUUGUUUCCAGACUAUAGGUGGAGGGUGAAUGCUUAGGGAAAAGAAUUAACCUCAAGAUGACUUAAGCUGGGAUGCCUAAAAUCAAACCCAGUUUGACUGUGCUGGCAUGCUUUCUGUGUUGCUCACAAACCCUUGCAGGCUUUGAACCCCACAUAUUCCCAUUUUACUAAGUAUCUGGAUUGUAUUACCUGCAACUGCACCCCAAGACUUUUUGGGGGGGGGUUUCCUAAAUAGGUCUGUGCAUGCAAGACUUGCAACUAUAAAUGAAACUAUAAAACAAGGCCUUUUUAAAUGGAUCUAAUGUUAUGAGAUUGAUGAAAGAACUGGUCAUUGGAUAUUGGAGGAGUAUCAUUUGUUCUCAUUCUCUGAUAAAUUUUAUAAGAGGGAGUGAAUAAAAACUGAGCAAUGGAGCAUCUUUGGAUUUAGCUUCACCUUUUCCAUUUUUUUCUAUUUUGUGCAAUGCUCCAAUGAGAGGGGCUUGUAGCUCAGUAGUACAGCACAUUCUUGGCAUGUAGAAAAUCCCAAGUUCAGUUCCCAGCAUUUCCAAAUAGGAACAGAAAAACUCCUGCCUGAAACAUGGCAAAGCUGCUGCCAAUCAGUGUUGACAAUAUUGAGCUAGAUGGACCAAAAGUCCAACUCAGUAUAGGGAGUUCCUGUGCCCCAUGAGAAGUCUCUUCCACAGGGAAAAUACACAUGUGGAAGUGCAUCUUUGGAUCCAAAGAUUUCAGUGUGCUUCAAGGUGCCAUCCAAUGCAUGUUUCGACAGAAAAAGUGCUCUAAAUCCCAAAGUGCCCCGGGAGACCAUGCUGGUUGGAGAAUGCUGAGUUGUAGAGGCACAUGUAGUUGUGCCUCAACAUGCAUAGGAUUGCACCCUAAGCUUACUUAACUCUGUCUUGUACUAUAGUUGCUGUCACUGCAAUAGAACUGUACUUAGACCAAGCAAGGUAAUACAGCCAAAAUAUAUUAAAAAGGAGAGCUGUGGAACCUUAACUACUACAAAUGUCUUAUAGACUGAAAUAUGCCACAAGGCUUUUUUUCCGCUGUAAUGGAAUACAAUGGAAAAAGUAAAUUAAAUGCACUCCUCUAAACACUUACCUGCAAGCAACACUUACCUGCACUCCUCUAAACACUUAACCUGCUGAACUCAUCCUCUCCAUUGCACCUUCAAUGUUGCCCUUUCUUAGGGCUCCUUUUCCCUGUGCUUAAAAAUGCAAGCAACUCGCUUAAUUUGAAAACAAGCAACAAAAAUUUAGGACACAAUCCUAUGCAGGUUUAGAUAGCGAACAAAUCCUACAAUUCCCAGCAUGCCCUAGUCACUAAGUUUAGCAGAAGGUGUGCUAGGAAUUAUAAGAUUUCUUUCUAUCUAUGGGUUAGGACUUAAACCCUUCUCCUCCUGUAUGAGUCAUUCUUACUGAUUCCUCUUGUUUCUAGUUCCUGGGGAGCUACCAGAUCACCUCAUCACCUCAUUCAAAGAACAUUAUGGAGUAUCUGGACAGUAUCACCAACUCAUCACCUUCCCCGGUUUUUCUGUGUUAUCUUUUAUUACUCAAAUUCUGAAAGAAAAGAAUGAAUAAUUUCUUAAUAUGACUGGAACCACCUUGUUAUCUUGACCUUUUUCUCUGCCAACCACACCUUUCAAUGGGUGAAGGUGAUUGUUUUCUCUCCUCUGCCCCCACUGUGCUCUCUCUCUCUCUCUCUCUCUCUCUCUCUCUCUCUCUCUCUCUCUCUCUUGAGGGGUCUUCCCUAAUGUAACCUCUCUGUUGACCUCUGGUAUGACUUUUGUUUCUGGCUGUAGUUCUGUUCUUAGCUAGUUCGCCAUUAAAGUGUCAAAUUAUUGUUCAACAUUUCUAUUCAGAUUCAGUUUUUCCCCUCUGCCUUUCCCAUAUCUGCUCCAGUCUCCUAGAUUUCUCUUUCUGAAGAAUGAUCUCAUCAAAUCACAUGACUUUCAGUAAUCUCUGCUAUACACAACUUUGUUCCAGUCCUCUUUUCCAUUUGGACUCAUACCUUGAAGGAUGUUUUAUCACUCUCUCAAAUUCAACAUAUCCAAGACAAAACUAUUUAUUUUUUCUCCUAAGCCUGUUUACUUUUUAUUCUUUCACCAUAUCCACUAACACCCCGUUGUGAUUUCAUCUAUGAUUUUUUCUACCCUUGGUUCCCUACCUCUAACCAAUUUCCAAGUCUUGCUGCUUCUUCCUGCUCCUCUCCAUCCACUCAGUUAAAAACUCCGUACUCUGAUCAACUCUAUCUUGACAUUUAUUAUUAUUGCAUUGCAUUUCCAUCUACCUUUUUACCUCUUGUGAGGAAUACCAGGCAACUUCCAUAGCACUAUGUUAUCCUUGCAACAGCCAUGUAAGUAAGUUAUGCUGAGAGUGAGUGACCAGCCAAAGCUGUCUGUGUGUUUGCCAGUCUGACUGUGGUCAUAGCCUGCUUGAACUUGUAAGCUCUUUGGAAGCAGGAAACUGUUCAUGUUUAUUCAACUCUGUGAAACAUCAUGUUCAAUGAUAGGUGGUGUUCACACAUAAUGGUAAACCAUGCUGCAUGCUUACUGAAUUGUUACUAUGCAUGGUUGCCAGAGUGGUUUCUCACCUGGUUUCUGAGUUCAGACAAUGAUAUGGUUUUCAGGUCUGCAUGGUUUUUAUACUCCUCCAUCAUUCCUCCCAAGUGGACAGCAAGGAAUUAAUAGAAACCAACCACAAUAUCUGGGUGCUUUCAAUCGAGGUGUUAUACUGCCCUUGUCCUACUUCAUUCACAGAAUCUUGCAUAGUUCAAGGCAAUGACAUCUUCCACUUGCAGCCCUCCCAUGUUUUCCCACUUCUGUUUCAUGUCCCAGAGGGGUUUUUUUUAAUGGAAUAGCCCCAGAGCUUUCUGACUGAUAGCACUAGAAAUAACUCUUUUAUGCCAAUUAAAUCCAUCAAGUAAUUACAAUUCACCUGUGGAUAUGAGGACUUUUAAGUCAAAUUGGGGAAACUAUACUAAAAUACAUGCUAUAGAAAUGGAGACCCCUGAUUCUAACUUGUUCUGGCUUUUAAAACUUAACAGGGUGGAGAACAAAUUGCAAAAUAUAGAGGCUCAGUUCACUGUGCUAGAUUCCAACAUUCAGAAAUUAUCAGAGAAGUUUGAAUUUCGAACUACAGCCCUGGAGCAUCAAAUGGACCAGGAUGAAAUGUGGACAUCACUGCUAGAGGACAGAUGUACUAGCCAUCUUCUCGGACUGAACAUGUCAAAAGAAUCAGGGGCUGUCCUUUCCUUGUCUGACUAUCGUUGCAAUAUUUGCAUGGACAUCUUUCUGGAACCAGUCACAUUACCAUGCCACCACACACUCUGCAACUCAUGUUUCCAGCUUACAGUAGAAAAGGCCAGCCUGUGCUGUCCUUUCUGUCGCCGCCGUGUUUCUUCUUGGGCACGAUACAACGUCCGCAAGAACACUCUUGUUAAUUGGGAAUUAUGGGAAAAGAUAAAAAAACAUUUCCCAGCAGAAUGCCAACGCAGAAUUAAUGGACAGGACCUAGAAGAAGAUACAAGCAUAUCUAGACCACUACACCGCUUAAGUAAGCCUGGAGAAUUAAGACAGGAAUAUGAGGCUGAGAUAACCAAGGCAGAAGCAGAACGACGUGCUCAUGAACAAGAAGAGAGUAAAGCUAGUGAAGAAUAUAUUCAAAGACUGCUAGCAGAAGAGGAAGAACAGCAGAAGAAGGAAGAAGAGAGGAAAAGGCAGAUGGAAGAACAAUUAUUGCGAGAUGAAAUGUUAGCACGGGAACUGAGUUUCAGUCUGAACAGCUCUACUGAGGAGAACAUAAACAGCAAUCUGUCACCUGCCCUAACCCCUUCUGAUUCUGGUAAAACAUCAAAAAACAAAUCGAAUAAUUCUGGAGACAUUAAAAAGUAUUUGUCUCCAAAGACCUGCAGUGUCUUGCCUACAAAGUUGCUCUUUGGAAACUUAGAGGAAGAAAGCAUUGACUUGUUUUCCAGGGAAAGUAACAAUACUAAAAAUAGCUUUUCCUUGGGAGAAGAAGAAAGAGAUGAAAUGCCCACACUGUCACCACAGACAAACAAUGAGGUGAAAAAUACCAAAGAUUCUACUUUAGAGCCAUCCAUUCCACAUUUAGAUAUAUGUACUCCAACUAAGUCCAGCCUACUCACCCUGGAUAUGUCAUGUUCCUCCAGAUAUCUGGUAAAUGAACUAGCUGAUGAGCUUUCUGACAUGACACAAAGGGAAGAUUGUGAGCCCGAGUGUUCUUUUUCAAAUAAAACUACAACUUCUUAUGACUAUAAAAAUGACAAUUUUACAGGAAACAUUCAUUUGACAAAAUAUGCAAAAAUUAGUACUCCUCCAGAAACACUUAUUUCUGUUACACCUGGUAACCAGCAGGAGAGCAGCAUUACAGCCUGUGACCCAGUAAAAAUAACAAGCAGCAGUGCCAUAGGAAUAGCCCCCCACAGUGGCUUUUUGAUUGCUAAAGAGAUCCCAGACAAAGUAUCUCAAACAUCUGAAGAAGCAGCAGAUUCAUAUUUGUCUGAUAAAAAGAGAACUUUCUCACAAACUGAAGAAGAGGAGAUGAAUGAUCUAGAAAAGCAAAUAAGUUUAGAGAAGCAACUGUAUGAAAGGUAUAAGCAAGAAGAGGAAGACAGACGUCUAGCUUUGAAGUUACAAAGGGAAAUAGACAAAGAGCAGAAAACACUAAAUCGCAAAAAAGGUUCUCCAGAUGAAUAUCAUUUGCGACCUUCAACAUCUCAGUCAGCAAAAGAAUCGCCAGCUGUUAGGAAACGUUGCAGACUGUCAGAGAACUUGAAGCCACCAAACCACCAGACUGAAAUAGACCAACAAAAACUACGCAGAGGGUCCUACAAUGAGAACUGUAAACCCAGUAAUAAACUCCAAACAAAGGCAUCUGUAAAAGGAGGGAAUGUUUUGAACUGUGUCCUCAAUAGCUCCGAUCCAAAGGAUGGAGAAUCGAUGCCAAAGAAGCAAAAAACAAUCCUACAGAUGUUUAAGAGGUCGGCUAGAAACUAGUGGAUUAACAAUCCUUGUGAAGAAACUGGCAAUUAAAGAAUGGACAUUCUUGAAAAGUUGACUGAGUUAAACAUUUAUCUGUUCAGGGAUCAGUUGCUUUCAGUAUUAAUGUCCUUUUUGAUUGGCGACCAAAAAUGCCUGCUAAAUGCCUCUACUUUCAUUUCUCAUUGUAUCUUAAUUCUUGGGUCAUUCAUUGUCAAAAAAGAUUUCUUUAAAAUCAUCAUGUACUCCACCUCAUGAUUUUGUUAGAAAGUGUCAUCAAAGCUGCUCUCAGUUACUUCCCUUCUGGUUCUCUCCUCUUAUCUCAGCAGAAGUAUGAAUGAGAAGUUGACAGAUGAUUUUGAGUUGAAUUGGACCAUCAUACUAGAGAAAUUGAUAUGAUCAUGCCACAAUGUUGAUUAUACUCUGAGCUGGAUUGCACAAUAAGUGACAUCUUUCAUACCUCCCUUAAAAUCUAUUUGGACUAUUGUAAGGAUAGAUCAAACUGUUUCCAAGUCAAUAGGUUUUUCUGUUUCUUGACAUUUUGCAUUUGUUUAGAACAGUCAAUUAAAAAAGCUGUUACGAGUGAACCAGCCUAUCUUGAAUGGAUUUUUUUCUGCAGUUCUCUAGGGAAAUUAAUUUGAUACAUUUUGAAAUAAUAUUUGAAGACACAGCUGGAAGAUGGAGCCUAUAUAUUGGUUUCAUUUUCAUUAGCUGUACACGAUUCACUAUUACAAUAAUAAACUUCAUAGAAAAAAUGUUCCUGUUAAAAUCACCUAUAUGCUUAUUGAAUAAGAUAAUAUAAAAUGUAAUAUUUUUAACAGCUUUCUCUUGAGCAAAAUGUUUGAUACAAACAAUCCAUUAGCUCCAAUUACAUUAAAAUUUCAGCUUGAACGCCUUCACUAAGCCUGACAGGUCAGUUUAACUAGAUCAAAAUUACUUCAUGUUUCCUCUCAAUCUUCUAAGGAAGGCCUCUUGAUUGUUUUCUGCUUUCUUGCAGGCUUUGCUGAAACUGGUAUAUUAAUCAGAUGUUCAUGUCAAUUUGCAGGGAAAUAAUUUGUAUUUGAAGGGUUCAUUCACAAAAAACUCCCCUCUUCUGGAAUAUUUAAAUAUUACACAGCAAUGCCACCAAAUAAAGUCUACUUUUUGCUUAGAACAAUGCCAA